GCGCGUGGAGUCCGUGCGGCGCUGGGAGUCCGGCGAGGGACGAGCACGCUGUGCGCGAGGAGGCGCGCGCGCGCAAUUGGAGCCCCACGGUGUCCACGACUGUUCGUCUCGUCGGUCGAGGAGGCACGGCGCGGUGUUCGGAGUACUACGCCCACCGAGCGCGACUCCUGCGGAUAAACAGCGCGGUCGUCCGCCGCCGCCAGCGCGCACCACGUGCACACCCAUGUCGGCAGCCGCGGGUGCCCUGCACUGCCUCUUGUUGGCUGCGCUGGAGGCCGGUAUCCUUGGCUUGCGCAUCGUGUCACUGGACGUGCCUCAGCGUGUGAGCGUUGGUCGCGAGGCGCUUCUAAAGUGCGCCUACGACCUCGAGGGCGACCUGCUCUACUCUGUGAAGUGGUACAAGGACGAUAUCGAGUUCUUCAGAUACGUGCCCUCCGACAGGCCGCCCGGCCAGUACUUCGAAGUGAACGGCAUACGUGUAGACAUGAUUCGCUCUGUCAACGGCAGCGUGUUCAUCCGUGGCAUGGAUGCCGCAUCGGAGGGCACGUAUAAAUGCGAAGUCUCCGCGGACGCACCCUCGUUCCAAACAAUCUUCGCCGAGAAGAUGAUCAGGGUCGACUCCGGCUCUCCUAGUCAACUGAGGACAUCCGGCCUCGCCUGGACCCUCGUAGUCACCGUCGCAUGUCUCACGUCGCUGCUUCGGUGGCGCGCCACGUGAAGUGAAAAGCCCGCUCUAACACCACCGCGUCGAGUGGCCUCAGCUGUUGCGGCAGGCAAGCUGGCAGACCAGCCACCGGCUCGCGCGUAUUUCCAAGACGAGUUGAACGAAAGACUAAGCAGCGUGAAGUGCGCGGACUGGCCCAGCAGCCGAGCAGCGCAAGUGCGAGCGCGUCACGUGACACAGAGUUGAGUGCGAUCACGCCCAGCGAGAAGCAAAGCUGUUUCCUGCCGACCCGGAAGGUGCGAGACUUUUCGAUCGCGCGAGUCACACAGGAAUUGGUUUCGCUGGGAAAGCUGGAGCAUCGAAGAAAAAAGAAAAGAAGGAUGAGGAUGCGGACGAGGAAGGCCGAACAAUGCGAGAAGAACUCUGUGCCGCCGUUAUUCUAUUGACAGUACGAGUCGCCCGAAAGGCGCGCUCACUGUCGAAAACUGUUUGGUCUUGUUUUGCCUUGCCCAUGCUUCUUUAUUUCAGGCUGCCUUUCUCUCAACCUCUCUGAGCUCGCCCAUGAUGGCAUUUUUCAGGUCUGCCAUCUAACGUCGCGCGUUUUUUUUUUCACCUCCCUUGACCUAAAAGGAAAAAAAAAGAGCGCUAUCUGCAUUUUUUUUUGCUUUGAUCUGUGACGACGAGGUUGUUCUAGUCACUACAUUAACAUUGUGUUACUUUUGAAAUCAAAAGACUAUAGAUGAUUUGAAGGGAAUAAGGUAUUGAUACAGAAGAAUUUUGUGAGUGCUGGAGAAUGAAUUCUCUGCUCACGGUGGAUACUUUUCGUCGACAACAAGGUGGACUCGUUUAGCUUCUUACACUAUUGCUAGAGACUCACUUUCAGUCGCUUGCGAAGUGAACAUACUGAAUGGUCAUUAACUGAAAAGUCUUAUUAUACAACGUAAAGACUAAGCACGUACCAGGGAGACUGCAUUGAAAGGCUCGACGAAGAAGUAGCACCGACUGCAAGCGUAUAACGCAUUUUAGAAGCCGUGCUAAAUGAUUCUGAACCGGGUUACUUGUGCGAUGUCUUUCUCUGGACGUCCUUUUCUCCGUAAUACAACAAGAAAAAUGAAGGUCAAGAUUUAAUUUCCAGCCACUUGGCUGCAGUACCUCUAACUGCGUGUACAGUUUACAAACGGUACAAAGCUCGUUGUUGGUUUGCCGCUUGUUCGAGCUUAGCUUCACCUACACUUACAUCUAUGAAAUAGGGCGUAAAAAAAUUCAACGCUUCAGAAGAAAUGAGGCGCGCAGUUAAGGUGUCUUUGGUUCAUUCAUUCAGAACUUGUAUUGUGCUGUUCACGGAGUGUUUGCUUGUGUAAAUAGCAUUAACAGGCAAUGCUAAAAUUCUGCUGUCCUCUAAAUAAAGCGUUUAUUUCCAAUGAAUGUUUCAACGAUGAAAUUAACAGCAACCUUCACUUAUUCCUUCGCACUUCAAAUAAAAGCUCUAUUGAAAUUUGA